ACCUCUGCCAGUGGUUAAGCCUGAGGGACAAAGGAUGGAAAAAGUGGAAAUGAACCCAUACGACUAAAACAAGGGCUGGAAGUGAAACAGACUCAAACUCAUACUUUGCAUCCUUUCAAGAAAUCUGUUCCAGUGUUGACUAGCAGGGGAGACCUUGCAGGCACUUCAGGUGCAAAGUGCAAGACAUGUUUGUUUCAGGAGUCAUUGGCCAGAUGCUGUUGGAUGCGGUCAUGAGAUCGCUGACUCUGAGGCGGGGAGGAAAAACAUGUUUGGACAGGACAUCACUUUGGGUCUGUCUUUGCAUUGAGUGCCACUUUCAUGAGGCUGCACAUCUAAACUCGUGCUGGUGACCUGUUGUGAAAACUAAGCAGGAGGGACGAUGACAAGCACCAUCCCUUCCAAGAAGCCUUACCGCAAGGCUCCUCCACAGCACCGUGAGAUUCGGCAUGAGCCGCCCGUCCUGCGCGAUGACCAAGAUGGUGUGAUUUUGGCAGAGCAGAGUCAGGAGCCCUUGACAGAUGCAGAGAGGAUGAAGUUGCUGCAGCAUGAGAAUGAGGAGCUGCAUAGACGUCUGGCCUAUGUCACCAACAGAAUGGAGGCAAUGGAGAAGGAGUUGGAGUCUGGCCAAGAAUAUCUGGAGAUGGAGCUGGGCCAGAAUCGUGAGGAGCUAGAGAAGUUCAAGGACAAAUUCCGUAGAUUGCAGAACAGUUAUACAGCCUCGCAAAGAACCAAUCAAGACUUGGAGGAGAAGCUGCACGCCCUGAUUAAAAAAGCUGAGAUGGAUCGGAAAACACUUGAUUGGGAGAUUGUGGAGCUCACUAACAAGCUACUGGAUGCCAAAACUACCAUUAAUAAACUGGAAGAGCUUAAUGAGCGAUAUCGACAGGACUGUAACCUGGCAGUGCAGCUGCUGAAAUGCAACAAAUCUCACUUUCGGAACCACAAAUUUGCUGAUCUUCCCUAUGAGCUGCAAGACAUGGUCAAUAAGCAUCUGCAUAGUACUCAGGAGUCCUCAGGCCCUGGCCAGGAGGCCCUACACACCUUGGCCCCAUCUGACGUUGUGCCCACCUCUGUCAUCGCCAGAGUCCUGGAGAAACCCGAGUCCCUGGUGCUGAACUCUGCUAAAUCCGGCAGUGGCAGCUGCCCCGUUGCCGAGGAUGUCUUUGUGCAUGUCGAUAUGAGUGGAGCUCUACCUGAUGCCUGUCCCAGUUCAGGGCAGUCUGGAAGAGAGGAAGUAGAAGGAGGGAGACAGCAGAAUGGGGGCUGCAAGCCACAGAACAGCUUGGAGAGUCUGCCUGGAGAGGUGCCCACAUUUGAGAAGUUGAGCCCCUAUCCCACCCCUCCCCCUCCCCACCCUAUGUACCCGGGACGCAAAGUGAUUGAGUUCUCUGAGGACAAGGUGAGGAUCCCAAAGAACAGCCCCCUACCUAACUGUACCUAUGCCACGCGCCAGGCUAUCUCCUUGAGCUUGGUUCAGGGGGAAGAGGAAGGCGGUGAGAGGCAGCGAACCCUCCCCAGUAGCCCCGCCUCCGAAGGCCAGCGCUCCACCUCCAGUUGCUCCUAUCAGCCCUCUCCGAAGGUGAGCCGAGCUCAUGGUUCCUCGCAGAGCAGCCCCUUCAGCAGCCCCCCACAGGUUCCCAGCACUUUUGCGAGUUCAGCCAGCUCAGAGGAGGACCUGCUGGCAAACUGGCAGCGGAUGUUUGUGGACAAGGCUCCCCCCACCACAGAGCGAGUGCUGGUGAACCGCACUUCCUUUAGCCGCGACACAGCCCAGGAGCUUCAGAAGCGCUUUAGCCGCUCCAUGCAGGAGUUGGGGAGGGCAGCCUCUGCUUACUCAGAUGGUGAGGAGUCAGCACAAAGCUGCAGCUGGACCGUGAGCAGAGACUCCAGCAUGGACACGGACAGCACAGAGUCCCGGGCUCGCCGGAGCCACUUGUGCUCUGACUACGGCACAGACUUCUCCCAGGAGGAGGCCCAUAAAUUGCUGCAAGGGGGUGGCAGUGAGGGGCUGGCAGAGCUCCCCAGUUCAUCUUCACCAGAGAAGCACAAAGACGGUGUAGACAUGGACUCGCCCAGGAGCCCAGCUGAAGAACAGGAAAUCCGGCUACGGGGGAACGAGAACAGCCAAGAGGCCGUCUCUGAGCCAAGCAGGCAGUGCAAGAGCAAGGCUCCUUCUGGCCGCCCCCACCGCAGUCCCAAGAGGAUGGGGGUUCAUCACCUCCAUCGCAAAGACAGCCUGACGCAAGCCCAGGAGCAGGGCAACUUGCUCAAUUGAGGGUAGGGAGCAAGACAGGCCUGGGGUGCCCAGGAGCCAAGCGGUCCAUCCCUCUCCCAAGGGCUGUUGCCUGUAGUCCUGGAGCUGAAAGGACUGCCAUUGUGGUUCUCCUGCCCAGGAAUUCCAGGCCAUUUUUAUAUAUAUAUUUAUUGUAUUUUUAAUACAUAUGAAGAGUGGAGAUCAAUUCUCCCGCAGCGCCAGAACAAAACACUCCGGUGUUCACCAGCAGUCUGCUCUGUCCUGGUGUUCACAGCUCAAUUUGCACUCACUCUCAUUCUUCUAAAGCUGAAUUCUGCCUUCACCCUCCUCUUUAGGUUCUAAUAUUGUCCCAUUCUAAUUCAUGAGUCAUCAUGACCCUUGGACACCUCGAGCCUGCACUCCCGCCUCUUCGGCCUGUGCCAAGAAACAGGCGCACGUCCCGCUUCUCUCGUCUGAAACUUUGACCAACCCAUUGUGUGGCGGGUGUGAGCCACAAAGGCUUCCAUGUGUGGGUGCCUCCAGCUGUGUGUGGUUUGUAUGUUAGCUUUUACUUUGCUGAAUUAAUGUUUCUUUCUUCCGGUGCUGUGUGGAUGUAUGCAACUGAGCAGGGUGGACAACAUUCAUAGGCUGCUUCACCAGGCACGUUGCUGUUUAUGUCCUGAGCUGGGCACGGCACUCGCUGAGAGAGGCUGGCCGCACAAAUGCACUGGGCGAGUGUAAGUUUCCCCCUGCUAGACUAGGCUCCAGAAUUGCCAUGUUGAAUCACCCAGAAAGGUUGUGCUAGACUGCUUUGGCCAUAAUGGGAGGGGGGGUGACUUCUGUGCUGGUGUCUGCAGUUAAUCAUGUUGGUUCUUACUUGGGUGGUUCCCCUGCCGUAUUCCAAUGAUGUUAGAUGAGAUAUGCUCCUUCAUUUACUUCCUGUUUUGGUUUUUGACUUACGAAAUGUGCUCUGCUCUUCUUUUGUAAAAGAAGAGAACCUGCAGAGGGGGGAAGAACAGCCUAUGGGCUGUGCAUGACAUGGGGCCAUUUCACUCUAUGGCCAAACCCUAAAGUUUCUCUACCUUUGGCACAGAAAGAGAUGUGGGUCCUUUGCCUCCUUGGAGAUGGCUGGUGAGGAUGGGCAUCCCUAUCUUGGGCCGCAAUCCAGAUGUACACUCUGGUGCCUUCCCAAGGCCUUAUCCAAGGUCUGGCUUUUGUUGCUGUUGUUCCUGUCAUCUUUUCUGUGUGUUCGGUGGUGUUGUAGUUCCCUUUGCAGGAUUUUUCUCUGUCUGCAUAUGUGCACACACAGCUGAAGUGGUUGGGGGGAGGAUUUAACAGUAUUUGGCUUUUUCUUCCUAGUCUUAUUCUGGUCCCCUGGGUUUUAAACAAGAAGGUGCAACCAGUAAAGUCACUAGGCUGCCGGGCCUAAGUUUCUUUGCCAGCUCUUUUGGUUUGAAUGAACACUGCAUGAUCUUCCAUGGAAGAAGCACUCUAAAGCCUUCCUCUGUAACACAGGGAGUUUGCUCCCUUGCGAACACCAGCAAAGCUGCCAAGGAAGCCUACCUAAUAGCUUCACAGGACCAACAACCCUCCCUCAGCUUUCUAGAAUCUAUUGGGCGGUUGCCAGAGCCUUUGCAGGCUACGGGGGCUUCGGCUACCCUCUGCUCCUCUCCCUUCAGACCUAAGCCAGGGUCUGCCACAUGUGAGGCUUGUUGGCCAUAGCAGACUAGAUGUGGCCUUGUUAACUGGCCGUUCCUUCUUCUGUCAAGCUGUUGGCCUCCGGCAUGACUCUGUAUUUUUUGGGUAGCUAUACCAGUAAAUUGGUGCUAAAGAUGGACACCCUUCCUUUAGCUUACUUGAUUUGUAACCUUUAAUGAUCUCACUCCUACAGCUGGUAAUUUCUUAUUCUGCUCAACCAUUGUUGCCACUGCAGCAUUUGGGGGUUGUCUUUUCAGUGGGUGGGGACUUUGCUCUGUAAAGGGCAGGAUCAGGGUUGGCAUUUCUUCCCGCCCUGGCCCCUACUGUGUUUUCUUUCUUUUUUUCCCCCUCCUAGUGAGGGGUGCUGGAGGUGAAGGCUUCAGAGCUGCUUGGUGGGUUCCCGUAUGUAGUCUGUACUGGGCAGAACCAAUGCUGGGUUAAUCGUACCCUGUAGAAUAUGAGCCCUCGUCAGCAGGCUGCUUAGUGAGGAUGGAAAUGAUGAGUUCAGAGCCCCGUUCUCCCUUCUGGAGAUGGCUACGCAGCUGCAUUUAAAGGCAAGUGAAGAACUGGCAUGGCCCUAGCCACCUGGCUGACUGAAGGAAGGCGCUCCACUGUUGCUUGCCUUUAAUCGUGUUGAGCUCCAAGGCUAGUCAGGGGAGGGGGGGAAUACUUAUGAGCGCAUUUCCAAGGUGCCAUUUAUUUCAUGUGGGAGUGGGUGGUAGCAAAGCCUCCGAGAAAUGCAGCUUUCCUUCUGAAGCUCUUGAUGCAGUUCUGUGGUGCAGCUCUUUGUAUUUUGCUUGUCCUUGGCAGUAUUAGUUCUCUUGGGGAGCUUGAGUUGCCUUCUUCAGCUGCCCCGUGUUUCACAGUGU